AUGACUGUGCAGAGCGAGCCCACCGCACCAUCUGCCUCUCCACACCUCUCCACCACCUCCCUCUCCGCUGAACUCCCACCUGCUUCCACCGCUCCCGCUGAUACUGCAUUCCCUCACCCCACCGAGCCAAGGCCUACUGCGGCAGCAGAUGAUCCCCCCACCAGCGUCUCAGCUUCUUUCUCCUCCUCCUUUUCCCCCUCUGUCGCCUCCUCCUUCGCCUCCUCGUCCGUGCUCUCGUCCUCAUCCCUCUCCCUCUCCGUCUCAUCCUCCUCCGCGCCGCUUGCUUCAUCCGUGCCUGGACUUGCUUCCCUGUCGGCACCUGUUCUACGUGCCACUCUGAACCUGGUGGAUCUAGCGGGCAGUGAGAGAGCAGGGCAGAUGCAGUCAGAGGGGCAGCGGCUGAGGGAGGGAGCACACAUCAACCGCAGCCUGCUCACUCUCAGCACCGUCAUUCACAAGCUCAGCCUGCGCACUCUCAGCGCAAUCAUUCACAAGCUCAGUUGCCUACCUACCUUCCUCUUCUGUCGACUCCAAUGCCUGGUCAGUGCCCUGGGGGGCAACGGCCGCACGGCCGUGCUGUGCACUGUGAGCGCUGCAGCAUGCCACGCGGAGCACACACGGAAUACGCUGGCGUUUGCUGCGCGCGCCAAGCAGGUCUCCACCACAGCCAAAGUCAACACGGUGGAGUCAGGUCAAGUGAAGGUGAUUCGGCAGCUGCAGCAGCAGGUCAAGCUGCUGGAGAGCAAACUGAAGGGCGUGGAAGAGGAGAGGCAAAAACAGCAGCAGCAACAGAAGCAGCAGACAUUGAAUGAGGAGGCAGGUGGGAGGAGGAGGAGCAGCGAGGGUGUAUCGGGAGCAGCAGCAAGGCAGCUGAUAUUGGAGUACGAGGAAGCAAUGGCUCAGUUAGAAGCAGAGAAGGAGGAGCUGUACGCGCAUCUGUCACGUGCUCUGACUCAGCGGGAUGAGGCGCGGUGCACGGUGGCAGCACAGCAGAGGGAGGUGCGGGCCAUGCGGGAGCACCUGGUGCUGCUGCAGUGGCAGCUGGAGGAGGGUACGGGGAGCGAGGAGAGCGAGGGGAGUGAAAGGGGCGAGGGGGACGAGGGGAGUGUGUUGGAGGUGGAUGGUGCAGAGGACGGUGAGUGCAAUGGGCCUACGGGAGGGAUGAUUCUGGGGAGCGAGAGCAAUGCUGCUGACACUGCCAACGCUGCCGACGACGGUGUUAACGGUGGUGGCUCUGUUUCCACUCGACGCAGCGACUAUGCGAGGCGAGCGUGGGUGCAGCAGCUGCAGCGGCUGGCGACGAUGGGCGAGAGGAUGGGGCAGCAGGAUGCGAACAAGGCGUGCAAGCGAGGUGGGUGCUGUGGCAUGUGCGAGGGGUGUGCUGUGGCAGGUGCUGUGGCCAUCCGUGUGUAUGUGGGCGAGCUGAAGGAGCGCAUUGCCAAGCUGCACUUCCAGAAACAGCUGCUGCUGUGCCAGUGCACCCAUCGCCUCCUAUCCAACAGUCCCCACCGCACCCAUCCCCUCCUGUCAAUACCGCAGGUGCUCGAGAUGGAGGCAGAGAAGGAGGGCCAGCUGCUGCUGCAGGGUGUUCCUUAUGGUUCUAAUAACACCCCUUCCGUCCAACUCCCCACCUCUACCGCAGGUGCUCGAGCUGGAGGCAGAGAAGGAGGGCCGGCUGCUGCUGCAGCAGGCGGACAGGGGCAGGAAGACAUCAUCACCAUGUGGCACGCAUGCCACGUGCCCCUGCUGCGGCGCUCCCAGGUGCUGCUGGCUGUUAUGGGGAGCUGCAUCGAGGGCGGUGCGAUGGGUAGUGUGAGGGGCAAUGCGUUGGGUGAUGGUAAUUCUGUUGUGCGUGGUGAUGCUGCUGGCAGCAGGCGCGACGGAGACAUGAGGCGUGGAGGAGAAGGGGUGCAGGCGAACAGGGAGAGGAGGGCGAGUGGGGGGAGUGGUGCAAGUGGGGGGAGUGGUGCAAGUGGGGGGAGUGGUGCGAGUGGGGGGAGUGGUGCGAGUGGGGGGAGUGGUGCGAGUGGAGUGAGCAGGGUGCAUGUGGAGGUGGAGUGGCGGCACAUGCGAUGGCUGCACGGGCAGCUGCAUCUGCCCUGCAAUGCGGGGUGGCUCAGCCGGCGGCAGCAGCAGAGUUUAGCAGCAGCAGGCUGGAUUCACACUCAGGGGCCUGGAGCUGCUUCUUCCAGUAGCAAUCAAGAGGCGCUAGAACUGCGGAUGGUGGAGGGAGGGCCGCAGGGGCAUUGGGGAGGCGCAACUGAGGCGGGAAGCAGGGGCAAGGGCAGGAGUAAAGGGGGAGUGGCGGGGUGGAGGUGGUGGGUGGGGAAGGGCGCUUCUGUAAGGCCUGACCCCGAUGCUGCGUGA